AUGCCGGCUUUGCCAUCUGAGUCAGCUCGCGCCACGUCCGCCACCACCCACCGCCAGCUGCCUGGUGCUCUUUCAGGAGAUGCUGUGGGGAACCGAGGAAAGAAGUGGCCUUCCAGGGGCCCAUCAGAGCCCCCAGAGCCACACUCGACCCUGGAUGGCCCACAGCCCAACUUGGGCUGCCAUCUGUAUCGUCACUCGUUAUCUUGCCAGCCCUCCUUGGUGCCGGCACCCAGGCACCUGGGGCUUUGCUCCUCAUUGGAAAACAAAGAAGCCCACAGUGCUGUCCAGGAAGCUGGGCAGAGGGCCCGGACUGGAAGGACAGACUUGGCCAAGUUGCAAGAAGACUCUCAUGGCUGGGGCGAGGGCCUUGGACUAUGUCCUGAGAAGCCACGAAAGGUGGUGGCAGGAUUAGGGCUCCCCAGUCUGACAGCUGUGUGGAGGCUCCAGCGGUUCAAGCGCUCACUCUCCCUCAAGACCAUCCUGCGAAGUAAGAGCGUGGAGAACUUCCUUCGCUCGGGCUCUGAGCUCAAGUGCCCGACCGAGGUGCUGCUGACACCCCCCACACCCCUGCCCCCUCCCUCCCCACCACCCGUAUCCUCUGACAGGGGCCUGCACACCCCAGCACCCUCCCCUUGCCCAAACCCGCGCCCUCUGGCGCCACUCAAACCAGUGAGGCUGCACAGCUUCCAGGAGCAUGUGUUCAAGCGUGCCAGCCCUUGUGAGCUGUGCCAUCAGUUCAUUGUAGGAAACUCCAAGCAGGGCUUGCGCUGUAAGACGUGCAAAGUCAGCGUCCACCUCUGGUGCUCUGAGGAGAUCUCCCACCAGCAAUGCCCAGGCAAGUCCACGUCCUUCCGCCGCAACUUCAGCUCGCCCCUCCUGGUGCACGAGUCACCACCCGCCUGUGCCACAAGCAGAGAGUCCCCACCCACCGGGGCCGGCAUGAAGGUGGACCCCGUGUACGAGACCCUGCGCUACGGCACCUCCCUGGCACUGAUGAAUCGCUCCAGCUUCAGCAGCACCUCGGAGUCCCCCACCCGGAGCCUGAGCGAGCGGGAUGAGCUAACCGAGGAUGGGGAGGGCAGCAUCCGCAGCUCUGAGGAGGGGCCUGGUGACAGCGCGUCUCCCGUGUUCGUGGCCCCAGCCGAUAGCGAAGGGUGCGGACCAGAGAAGAGCCCUGGACAGCAGGCCCCCAGGCACCUCCUGCGGAAGGACUUGGGGCCCAUGUACUCCUACGUUGCUCUCUACAAGUUUUUGCCCCAGGAGAACAAUGACCUGGCUCUGCAGCCUGGAGAUCGGAUCAUGCUGGUGGAUGACUCUAACGAGGACUGGUGGAAGGGCAAGAUCGGCGACCGGGUUGGCUUCUUCCCAGCCAAUUUUGUGCAGCGGGUGAGGCCAGGCGAGAGUGUGUGGCGCUGCUGCCAGCCCUUCUCUGGGAACAAGGAGCAGGGCUACAUGACCCUCAAGGAGAACCAGAUCUGUGUAGGCGUGGGCAGAAGCAAGGAUGCUGACGGCUUCAUCCGCGUCAGCAGCGGCAAGAAGCGGGGCCUGGUGCCAGCCGACGCCCUGACCGAGAUCUGAGAGGAGCAGAGAGAACCUGGAUGCCACCCUGCCCAUGCCCAGCCCCUGUUUCUGGCACUGGAGGAGAGCAGGCCCCCUUGUCACACCCUCCCUCCCACUGCCUCUCUCCUAGGGGCCGCUCACCAUGGCUUAGGAGCCUUCUGCUCCCAGGAAGAUCUUAUUUCUUGGGUGGGGUGCCCCAAGUGGGCUGAUCCUCUGGGGUUUGGGGUGGGGGCAGGAGAAAGCGGGAGGGAAUGAGGAAGCUGCAGGCAAGUCCCCUCCAUGCCCAGGUCCCCCCAGUCCUGGGAGGGCCCCUGGGGAACUUUCCUGCUGCUUUUUCCAGCACCUUCCUCGGCCCACACACCUGUGCAUGCCUGACACACCCCUCCCCCCACAGAACCUCUGCUUGGGUCUAUGUGUGUGCGACCACGCGCCUGUCCCUAUGCACGUGGGGCCUUGGGAGGGGACCCUCUGUGUUCCUCAGCCCCCUGGGAUGGGAGGGGUUCAGGGCCGUGGGAGGGUCCUGAGUCUGUCUCCUGGCCUCACCACCUCUGUCACUCUGUCAAUUCUCAGGAAAGUUCUGCGGGAAUUUCUCCUACUACUUGAAACCUGGGCCGACAGAGGAGGGGAGGGCUGAGGUUAUCGGAGGGUGGGACAUGUCAGAGAUUGACCCAUCAAGUAGAACAUUCACUACAGAGCAGCCUCACCCCACCCUUGCCCACCAGAAAAGAAUGCCCAAGAGCAGUCUGGACACAGAAGCCCAGCAGUCUGGUCAAAAGAAUUUCACUUCAAGCCAGGUGUGGUAGCUCAUGCCUGUAAUCCUAGUACUUUGGGAGGUGAAAGCGAGAGGAUUACCUGA